AAUUUUUUUUUAAAAAUUAUUCCCUAGAAAUCUAGAAUCCAAGCAUCAUACACUUCCUCUCCUCCUUAUAAGUUCCCUCCUCAUCAGUGACUCGAUCUCACCUCACCACACUUCACACUCCUCUACUCUCUGCUCUGCCCUGUUCUGCUCUGUUUCCCCCGUUUCCUCUGUUUUCUCUGCUUUUGUGCAUCUCCUGUUAUCCUUCUUCUGUGUGCUAGUGGAACCAACAAUGGUGGCCAAGAAGCCGAGAAUCGUGAUCAUUGGGGCGGGAAUGGCCGGCCUUGCCGCUGCCAACAGGCUUUACACUUCCGCCGGCGGAAAGGACCUGUUCGAGCUCGCCGUCGUGGAGGGCGGCAACAGAAUCGGCGGUAGAAUCAACACCUCCGAGUUCGCCGGCGACCGAAUUGAGAUGGGCGCGACUUGGAUCCACGGCAUUGGCGGCAGCCCAGUUCACAAAAUAGCACAAGAGAUCCAUUCGUUGGAGUCGGAGCAACCGUGGGAGUGCAUGGACGGGGUCUCGGAGACGCCGGUGACCGUCGCCGAAGAUGGGUUUGUUCUGAAUCCCUCCAUCGUCGAGCCCGUUUCGACUCUGUUCAAAGUGCUCAUGGACUUCGCAGAGGGCAAGCAGGUGGAGGACGAUAUUGAUAUCAAUGUUGACUUCCACAAUUUCACUUGCAACAAGCUCAGUGUCGGGUCUUUUCUAAAACAAGGCGUUAACGCGUACUGGGAUUCUUUGAAAGAUCAAGAAGAGACAAAAGAGUACGGUUAUUGGCGACGGAGAUUGUUGGAGGAGGCCGUUUUUGCAAUGUACGAGAACACCCAGAGGACGUACACUUCGGCGGACGAUCUGUUGGACUUGGAUUUCGCUGCGGAGAGCGAGUACCGGAUGUUUCCCGGCGAAGAAAUCACCAUUGCCAAAGGGUACUUGAGCAUAAUCGAAUCGCUGGCUUCUGUUUUGCCAACUGGGUUAAUCCAAUUGGGUCGGAAGGUGACGAAGAUUGAGUGGUUGCCGGAGGGUCGUCGGCCGGCAGAGAUGGAGAAUGGGUACUGUUCUCGGCCGGUCAAGCUACAUUUCUGUGAUGGGUCGAUUUUAGCGGCGGAUCACGUCAUUGUUACGGUCUCGCUGGGGGUUUUGAAAGCCGGGAUUCGCGAAGAUUGGGGUUUGUUCAAUCCUCCUCUUCCCUCUUUUAAGAGGGAUGCGAUAUCGAGGCUCGGAUUUGGUGUUGUGAACAAGCUAUUCGUCCAAUUGGAUCGGAGCCAAGAAGACCAAACUCCCAAGAAUUUCCCGUUCCUGCAAAUGGUUUUUCACCGACCGAACUCCGAGCUCCGUCACCGGAAAAUCCCUUGGUGGAUGAGGAGGACUGCGUCUCUGUUUCCAAUUUAUCAUAAUUCCAGUAUUCUCCUAUCUUGGUUUGCAGGGAAAGAAGCUCUCGAGCUCGAAUCGCUGGAAGAUGAAGAGAUUAUGAAUGGGGUUUCCACAACAAUCUCUAGCUUCCUAUCGAAUUGGGACGGGGACUCCAAUUCCCAGAGAAUCUGCAACGGGAAUGCGAAUUGUGAGAAUAAUGUGGGAAGUUCUAAUGGCGGAGAGUUCAAAUUCGCAAAGGUUCUGAAGAGCAAAUGGGGCACUGAUCCUCUCUUCCUGGGAUCCUACAGUUACGUUGCCGUCGGAUCCAGCGGCGACGACUUGGAUUCGGUGGCGGAGCCGCUGCCGCGAAAGAGCAACUGUGAGUCUGCAACUUUUUCACCUCCCCUGCAAAUCUUAUUUGCAGGAGAGGCUACACACAGAACCCAUUAUUCUACUACUCACGGGGCUUAUUUUAGUGGUCUUAGAGAGGCUAGUAGGCUUCUUCAACACUACCACUGUGGUGGGAUUUCACUUUCAGAAUUGUUGCAGCAUUAGAUUAGAACACUUGGGUACUUAUUUCUUUUUAUGAUAUUUUUUUUUUUGGUUUUUUUUUCUUGAUACCUAUUUCAGCGUCUCUUUCUCAAAUUCAUCUCAUAUCAUUUUCUCUCUCUCUGUCUAUAAAGUGUGGAAGAAAUUUGGGAGGGGGUGAAAGAGAGAGAUGGGUACUUAUUUUUAGAUGUACUGAUGAAUGAAUUAAAGAAGCUUCUUUUCAUUUUUCCUC